AUGUCGGAAUUUCGAAAAACCCGCACCGGGGGAUCUAUAUCACGCACUCAGCGGCCCAGCUGGGACGACUCGUUGUAUAUCCCAACCGAAAAUUUACUCGUUUGUUCUAGACCAAUUGUUUCACCGGUCAAUCAGUGGCCCUGA